AUGCUCCUGGUCUUCCUGGCACACUGCUUCGUUCUCGACGAGAAUUGUCCGCUCAGGUGCUGGCAGAAGUACAUUUUCCGCAAAUACUGCACGCUGAAGGUGCUGGACGCGGCCACGUUCCGGAUCUUCCAGAUGCGGGACUUCCGCCUCAGGGUCUCGGAGCAGGAUCCUCGGCGAAAUCUGAACCCUGCCCUCGCCGAUUCACGAUUCAGGCAACUCGGUGGGCUGCGGGGGUAG